AUGGGGGCUUCCCUCCUUCACCCCCAGCAGAUCACUUCACCACUUCAACUGGCAGACAUGGAAGCAUCGCUGGACCCCGUGGGCGAAACGACAAAUACGUUGUCUGUGUCUAGUGAUUUAAUUGACCUUCAUGACAACCAAAGCCUGCCUCCUCCAGAACUAAACAUCAGCAACUCAUGUCCAGCUAAUCUUCCUAAUGUAAAAAGGGAACUCACAGACUCAGAAGCAAGAGCGUUGAUUAAAGAGAGACAAAAGAUAGACAACCACAACUUGAAUGAACGAAGAAGAAGAUUUGAUAUUAAUAAUAAUUUAAAAGAACUGCACACUUUGAUACCCAAAUCAAAUGACCCAAAUAUAUGCUGGGAUAAGACAACGAUCCUAAAAGCCUCAGUGGAUUACAUCUGUAAACUGCAGAGAGACCUGCAUUGCACAAAAGAACCAAAAGAACUAGAAAACAGUCUGAAGAAGUUAGAACAUGCCAACAACCACUUGCUGCUCAGAAUACAGAAACUUGAGAUGCAAGCUCAAGCAUAUGGACUGUCUCUUGCUCCAUCUACAAACUUUUAUUCCCCUGAUAUGAUCAACACAGUCAUCAAACAAGAGCCUGUGCUGGACAACUACACCCAAAACAUAAUGCCACACCACGCAAACCUGUCCUGCACCACCACCACCCUCGACUUCACCAACAGCACUGUCACCUUCAGUGAUAACCUCGGGAAUGUAACUGAACAAACUGGCACUUACAGUGUUCCUGUGAAAAUGAGAUCCAGACUGGAAGAUAUCCUAAUGAGCGAGAAAUACUAGAAAUACUGUUCAAAUCCCAAGUUGUGUGACUUAAUAAUAAAAAAAUAAAAGAGAUAAAAAUAUAUUUUAUCCAAUCAUAUAAAUGGACUCUUAUUCAUGGAGCCAAAACAGAAUGAAAACAGCCCUAACUAAAGAGAGA